AUGGCGACCCUUCAGCGAAACGCUGCUUCCCCCGAGCUCCGACUGCAAAGCCCUGCGUCUCUGCCCCGCUCCCCAGGUCUGGCCGCGCAGGUGCUGGCCGUGGCCCGCGGCCUGAAGCCGGCGCUGCUGUACGACUGCAACGGCGCGGGGCCCGCCGAGCUCCAGGGCUACCUGGCGGAGCUGCGCGGCCUGGGGCUCCCGAGCCGGGGCCUGCUCGUCCUGCAGCUGGCCGAGCACUGCCUGGUGGUCAGCCCCGAGCCCGCCUGCCGGCUCCUGGAGCGGGCGCUGCGCGGCCCCACGGCCCUGGUGGACGUGUCCCGCUCCCAGCCCCGGCCGGCGCUCUGCUCCCUGGACCAGCGGCCGGACCUCCAGGCCCUCGUGGCGGACACCGCCAGGCUCCUGCGCGGGCUGCGGGGGGACCCGUGUCCGGCCGCCGCCCGCAGCAGCGUCCCCUGCGCCGCCGCCGCCACCGGCGGCGACCUCUGCACGCUCUUCGGGAUCCUCCUGGGCUACCCCGCCCCCUACACGCUGCGCCCUGACCAGGGGGACGACAACUGCCUGGCCCUGACCCCGCUGCGGGUGUUCACCGCCCGCGCGUGCUGGCCGCUGGGGCCGCCCCCCGUGGCGCUCUACUCCUUCAGCGUCCCGGACAGCCUGUGCCCGGCCCUGCGGGACCCGCUGCGCGCCUGGGAGCAGGACCUCAGGGCUCGCUGCGGGGCGCAGAGCGACUUCGCCCACCUCAGCGUCAGCUCCGAGGUGGUCACCCUGCCGGCUGUGGCCCUCUGACCGCCGAGAUGCACGCGGGCGCCAGGGGGUGACCCGCUCCGGCCCGGGCGCGGCCGCGUCACCACAGCGCUCGGGAAGG